AUGAUGUUACCGACUUCAACUAUCAUCUUGAACUUCUUUUUUUUUUUAUUGGUUGCGUUGAGGUUGAAUUCCAGGACCCCUGCUCACUCAUUUACCCAUCCACGGAGAAAAAAAAGGAAAAGCCGCCCGAAGCGAAGGAAAAGAAAGAGCGGGAGGUUUAGAAGGAAGGGGAAAUAUAAAAUGCGAAAGACGACUCGUCUACUGUCGAGGGCUGUUUUCGACUUGAGCAACGCUGAAGCAUUCCGUUCUGGGCGUGUCUUGAAUCAACCAACCUCCUUCAUCAACGGUUGUUUUGUGACUUCCGGUGCUGCGGACGUGAUUUCAGUUGAGGAUCCUUGCACUAAUGUUACUAUUGGCGAUAUUCCCAACUUAGGGAAGGAUGAAACGCUGCAGGCAAUUGCGGUGGCUCAGAAAGCCUUUGAAACAUGGAAGGAUACCGUGCCCCGCACACGUGCAGUCAUACUUCAUCGAUGGGCGCAGUUAAUAUAUCAUCACAGAAAUUCCCUCGGUUCUCUCCUCUCCCGAGAGUCGGGGAAAGUUGUGCAAGAAGGUGUUGACGAAUGCCUGUACGCCGCACGGUUCCUUGAAUGGUAUGCGGGAGAGGCGGAACGCGCUUAUGGGGAUGUUGUGGGAAGUCCUCGCCCUGAUGUUUCAACAACUGUGUUGCGGCGGCCUGUGGGUGUAGUGGGUGCCAUCACUCCGUGGAACUUCCCGUCAGCAAUGGUCACGCGAGUUGUGGGUGGGGCUCUUGCUGCAGGUUGUGCCGUUGUGUUGAAACCAUCAGAACUAACUCCAUUCAGUGCACUUGCACUCGCCCAGUUGGCAGUUGAAGCAGGCGUGCCCGACGGGGUGUUUAAUAUCGUUACUGGAAACGCGGCACCCAUCGGUGAUGCGGUUCUGGAUAGUUUUGAUGUGCGUAAGAUUUCUUUCACCGGGUCCACCAGAGUUGGUAAGUACAUAUACCGGCGCUCCGCAAGCACCAUGAAGAAGUUAGGGUUGGAGCUUGGUGGAAACGCACCAUUUAUCGUGUUCAGUGACGCUGAGGUGGAUCGCGCGGUCACUGGACUCAUGAAUGCGAAGUUUCGUGCUGCGGGACAGGCAUGCAUAAGCGCCAACCGUGUUUUCGUGCACUCCACGGUUUACGGUGACUUCAUGACGAGGUUGCUGGAGAGGGUGAACUCAAUCCGUGUGGGGAAUAACUUUGACCCGUCUUCAACGAUGGGCGCACUUGUCAGCAGUUCCGCAGUCGAGCGUGUGGUGUCGCUGGUGCAAGAUGCGGUGGAAAAGGGAGCCAAGGUGGAAGCAGGAGGUCGGCGCUUAUCAGGUCCUGGGUACUUUUUCGAACCCACAGUACUUUCCGGUGUAAACCACGAUACGAUGCGCUGCUGUCAGGAGGAGAUAUUUGGUCCUAUUAUACCCAUAAUUACGUUUGAUGACGAUACGGAGGCUAUACGUUUGGCCAACGCGACUCCUGCAGGUCUGGCAGCUUAUGUGUACACGCAGGAUUACCGUAGGCAGAAGCAAAUAAUGGAGCAACUGAGUUUUGGUAUGAUUGGGAUUAAUGACAGUGGUUUAUCAUCACCCUGUGCUCCAUUCGGCGGUGUCAAAGAAAGUGGGUUGGGUCGGGAUGGCUCAAAGUACGGCAUUGACGCGUUUCUCGACGUUAAAUAUGUUCUGGAGUCACGUGUGUAG